CAACUAGUAAUUCAAUCGAGGCGAUUUCUAUUGAUCAGUCGCUCUCGAAUCUCGCUUAAAUAAAGUUCAACGCGUCGGAAUUAAUUACAAAUUGAUGCUAAGAAAAUGACUGCGUUUAACGGAGUUCGUUUGCUGUUGUUGCUUUUGGUCUAUAGCUCUAAAGUGAUCUGUCAAGAUCCGGAUCCAGCGGUGAAAGAAGCUUGUACAAUGUUCAAGCGCACCGUCUUCGAGGAGCGAGUGCCCAUAAGUUUCUUCUUUGCCAAUGCGCCCGUCACUUGGGAGUCUAUUGAUUCCUGUCAGGGCUCAAGACCGCUGAUAGUCGGAGGGAAGCCUGCUGAUCCCAAGGAAUUCCCGCACAUGGCGCGUUUAGGAAAUCGUAACAGUGACAACCAAACUAAAUGGUUCUGUGGCGGCACAUUGAUCAGCAAUCGUCUGAUUCUCACGGCAGCCCAUUGUCUCUACUCGGAGCUUGGUGAGGUCAAUGUAGUGCGCUUAGGGGAAUUGGACUUUGCUACCGAUACGGAAGAUGCUGAGCCCGAGGAUUUUGGUGUGCGCAAUGCAACGGAGCAUCCGGACUUUAAACACAGAUUGUUGUAUAAUGACAUAGCUAUUUUGGAACUGGAUCGUGCUGUCAAUUUGAGCGUAUAUAAGCAUCCCGCUUGCCUGCCCUUUGAUGAUGGACAUCGUCAUGAGAACUUCAUUGCCAUUGGCUGGGGACACAAGAAAUUUGCUGGCAAAGAAUCCAGCAUGUUGCUUAAAGUUAAUCUCAAGAACUUUGAAAAUCAAUGUGGUGCCGUCAGUGAGAUUGACGAGCUGCCCAAUGGCUACGAUGUUAAUACACAGCUCUGUGUUGGAUCCAGCGAUCAGAAAGACACCUGCAACGGCGACUCUGGCGGUCCACUGUUGACCUACCAUGAGGAAUACCCAUGCAUGUAUCAUGUGAUGGGCAUCACAUCGACGGGCAUCGACUGUGACACUCCCAAUGUGCCCAGUCUCUAUACGCGGGUUCAUCAUUACUUGGAUUGGAUCAAACAGCAGUUGGCUAAAGCUCACAAAAAAUAAAUAUCAAUCAUAAAAUCAAA